AAGGGGCAGCCCAAGGAUUUCGGACGAGGCAGGCUCGGGAUCGGGCCCACCGCGCGCGGCAAGGCAAGCCAGAAGAGCAGCGUCGCCGCCAUGGCGAAGGCCGGCUACGUCAAGCCGGAACCCACCGGCCUGGCCGCGGGCCUGAACAAGGGCUUCAUCACCACGCGCCGCACCCUGAAGAGCAAGCCGUCCUACCGCAUAGGCCGCAAGUCGCAGCGCGGCAGUCUCAUCAAGGAGGUGGUCCGCGAGGUCGCUGGCUUCGCCCCGUACGAGCGCCGCAUGAUCGAGUUGUUGCGGGUGGGCUCCGCCGCCACGCUGAAGCGCGCCUUGAAGGUCGCGAAGAAGCGCCUGGGGACCCACAAGCGGGGCAAGAAGAAGCGCGACGAGAUGGCGGAGGCGCUGGCGGCGCUGCGCAAGAAGGGCGCGUGAGCCGUGGCCGGGCGGCUGGGGCUGCGGGACGAAUGGGCUCGAGUCGCCUUCGGUGUCCGGAGAAAAAACAGUGCCAGGAAGAAGGAUCCAGAUAUGCUCAGGAGGGAAACACACACACACACACGAC